AUGGCCAAGCUCUGGUUCAAAUUCCAGCGGUACUUCCGCAGGAAGCCUGUGCGUUUCUUUACCUUCCUGGUGCUCUACCUGACGGCCGGGAGCCUGGUCUUCCUUCACUCUGGCUUCGUGGGCCAGCCCGCCAUCUCCCAGAGCCAGGCCAGCCCCGCUGCGGGGGUCCAGGCCGAAGGCGCUGAGCUGCCCUUCUUGGGUGACCUGCAUCUGGGCAGAGGCUUCCGGGACACGGGUGAAGCCUCGAACAUUGCCCGCAGGUACGGACCCUGGUUCAAGGGCAAGGACGGGAGCGAGAGGGCCAAGCUGGGUGACUACGGUGGAGCCUGGAGCCGGGCCCUCAAGGGGAGGAUCGUCCGGGAGAAGGAGGAGGAGCGAGCCAAGUACAUCGGCUGUUACCUGGAUGACACCCAGAGCCGGGCCCUGCGAGGCGUGUCCUUUUUCGACUACAAAAAGAUGACCAUCUUCCGUUGCCAGGACAACUGUGCAGAACGGGGUUACCUGUAUGCCGGGCUGGAGUUCGGCGCGGAGUGCUACUGCGGCCACAAGAUCCAGGCGACAAACGUGAGCGAGGCCGAGUGCGACAUGGAGUGCAAGGGCGAGCGCAGCAGCGUGUGCGGCGGCGCCAACCGCCUGUCCGUCUUCCGGCUGCAGCUGGCCCAGGAGUCUGCGCGCAGGUAUGGAAGCGCUGUCUUCCGAGGCUGCUUCCGCAGGCCCGACAACCUCUCCCUGGCCUUGCCCGUGACAGCCGCCAUGCCGAACAUGUCCGUGGACAAGUGCGUGGAUCUCUGCACUGAGAAGGAUAAGCGGAGCCCACCCGGCUCGGGGCCUCGAUGCAAUUGGAUCACACGGUUUUCCUUCUCUAGUGUUUGCAGCUACGGCGUGGACGUGGACGCCGACAACCGCUGCAUGGACAGAAGGUUCCUCCCAGCCAAGUCCAAGCAGCUCAUCGCUCUGGCCAGCUUCCCAGGCGCUGGCAACACGUGGGCUCGGCACCUCAUCGAGCUGGCCACUGGCUUCUAUACGGGCAGCUACUAUUUUGACGGCUCUCUCUACAACAAAGGGUUCAAAGGUGAGCGGGACCACUGGCGCAGCGGCAGGACCAUCUGCAUCAAGACGCACGAGAGCGGCCAGAAGGAGAUCGAGGCCUUCGAUGCCGCCAUCCUGCUCAUCCGUAACCCCUACAAGGCGCUCAUGGCAGAGUUCAAUCGCAAGUACGGCGGCCACAUCGGCUUCGCUGCACAUGCCCACUGGAAGGGCAAAGAGUGGCCGGAGUUUGUGAGGAACUACGCCCCGUGGUGGGCCACUCACACGCUGGACUGGCUCAAGUUCGGCAAGAAGGUGCUGGUGGUGCACUUCGAGGACCUGAAGCGGGACCUGUUCGUCCAGCUGGGCCGCAUGGUCAGCCUGCUGGGCGUGGCCGUCAGGGAGGACCGGCUGCUGUGCGUGGAGAGCCAGAAGGACGGCAACUUCAAGCGCUCGGGGCUCCGGAAGCUCGAGUACGACCCCUACACGGCCGACAUGCAGAAGGUCAUCUCUGCCUACAUCAAGAUGGUGGACGCGGCCCUGAAGGGGAGGAACCUCACCGGCGUUCCUGACGACUACUACCCCAGAUGA